CGUUUAGAAACCAUUAGACCCAAGUCUUGAUACCCAACCUUAGACCCAAGAUGGAAAUCCAGGUAGCUUUGGCCGACUUCUCAGAGGAGAUUCUCCUCGACCACAUCAGGUACCAGUGCGAAGCAACAGGCAUAAUUUACGACAGCCACGACGCCGGGCCUUACAGCAGCGACGACGACGCCCUUAGAGACAGCAGCAGCUACGACGCGGCCGAGGCCAGCGACGGCCCAGACAAAGCGAGUGCGGAGAGAGGCAGGGAGACACCGACAAGUGUCAAAGCUCGGGCCAGGUCGAUUGACAGCGGCGUCUGCAUCGUCGACCAGAGGAAGGAGACGUCGAACGCGGCAGGAGCCGCCGGAGGCUCUCACAAAUUCGACCACCACGACAGGGAGUCGAGCCUCCGCAGGGCGUUGCCGGACCCUCCUGACGGAGAGCCAGGGAGCAGCUUUAACGCCGGGGCCGCCGCCAGCGCCUCCGACUCGGACGGACAGGCGGCGUCCGCGAGUCUCGAUGCUCCUUGCAGUUCCCUCAUUCUCCCUUUCAAAAAGGGGGACAUUUUUGCGGUGUUGUUAGAGGACAGUGACACCUGGUGGGGAGUCAUGGCACUUCGGACAACGGCCGUCGGUUACGUACCGAGGAAUUUUCUGAAGUUUGUUGAAGUUCGGCAUCUCUGGUUAACGUCCCAAGGAGAGAAGAGUUCGCGAGAAGUCCACAUGAAAGCCUUGAGUGAUCUUCAGACGGCAACAUCUCGUCUUCCCCACCCAGAGGUUGUCUACGGCGCCAUGAUUCCCGAACCAGACUACAGCGAUGACGAGAGCGAGAUCAAGUCCACCAACAUGGUUGCCAGAAACAACAAAGUUAAUUCGACAAACAGUGAUAAAGAACAGCAGAAACCUCCCCCACAGACCAAUUCUAAUGGGAGAUUAGAUGAAAAGGGUCUUAUCAUGCCUAAGAAACUCAUCAACCCUUGUCUGGAGUCAUCAGAAAAGAAGAACCUUCACAGAGAACUCAUGUUCAACCAAAAAAUGGGUGUUAAUGUUCUGAACCAAAAGACAGAAUUACAAAAGGCAAUGGAAAGACAUAAUGACAAAAAGAUUCUCAAAGAGCAAGAAAAGGAAAAGAAAUCUCAGUUAACACCUUUCCAGAAAGCCCUUGAUGAACGAGCACAGAGGAUUGAACAGAUGGAGAAAUCCGAGAGCAAAGAAGCUGAAAAGGUCCCUUCUUCGGAAUUUGAAAAAAUUCAUGCCAAAGUUAGAGCCAAAAUGGAAGUCCAGUAAAGCAAACUAUUGUUUCCCAGGGAGUAAAAGGAGAAAAAAAGUGUAGAAGUGGACUUACUGGGAUUCCCUGAACUUCAACUCGAGUAUUCUUGCAGACACCGAGUCUAAUCAGACGAAGACAAUAAUCCUGUAAGGAGUCAGUUUUCAUUAAGUUUAGUCCUAAAAGGCUCCAAAAUUGAGAUGUUUAGUUUGUUAAUACAUUACUGACCAGAGAGCUUUCACUCUAGAGUUUCUUUUAUAUAAAUAAAUAUAUAUAUAUAAAUCACCCAUUGUACAGAUUUCACCAAUUUCAUCACGCCUUGCCUGUAGCCCGGUUUCUAGACCACUUUGUAAUAAUGCCUGGCAUUCAUUCCCAUCUCACAAAAUCUUUCAUUUAAGUAGCAACACACAGAUUCUCUUAUUAUUGUGUGGCAAGAGCAAUAGCAGUAUGCCCUUAAGAAAUUGAAAGCACAAUUAUCAUCUAACAAUCAAAAUGCACUCUGUCCAUUUAAUUCAUUUGUGCUCCCAAAUCGACAAAUAAUUUUGUUGCACAUGAUUCUCAGGAUAGAGCAGACAUUCACAAACCUGUGUGUUGUAACAUUUUUUUCAAAGGAAUCCAAUAACAGUAACAUGAAAAUGGAGGUAUGGUAUUUAUUUGAACAUUGUCAGAUUGUCUGUGUUCAUUAUCUGUAGAUUUCUUGCAGAUAUACCUUAUAAAAUACAUUACUAACCUGUAAACGUCUUUCUUUUCUAAAUAAUAAACAUUUUCUGUUAAAGAGAAUCUUUCUUCUUAUAUCAUUGUUAGUUUUAAGAAUGUACAAGUGUAGAAAUAAAGUAAGAUUAUAAA